AUGUCUUCCACCCUCUCGUUCCUCGACCAGUUCAACGCCCCCUCGACCGAAGGCGGGAAAAGAAUCUCAAUCUACACCCCUAAGCACACCCACGUCGGCGACAGCACCUUGCUGACGCUUCUCCUCAGUAAUCCCACCGAUGUUUUCAACAAGCUUAAAGCCCACAACCCCGAGGCAACCAAUGCCACCGACCGCGCUGCACUAGAGGCAUAUCUCUCCGCCCGCCGCAACUAUGACGAGGCUGUCAAGGCAGCCGACGAGGCCAUCGACCACCACAAACGGCUCCUACGCCAACAGGACGACCGCGUCCUCACCGAGCUCAUCCGGCUCGAUAAUCUGAAAGUUGCCCAUCGCUUUCAACCGCUCCUACCGCGCAGCAUCUGGGCGCGACACAACAAAUUCAUCCCGCGCGCCAUCCCCAACGCGUACUUACCCCUACCCGCACCCCUACCGAUGUCUGCCUUCAGGCGACCCCUGAUCCCAUCCCCUUUCCUCCAAGCAACGCCGCAGAGCACUACUAUCCCGGCUGACUGGCAACCCAACCCUGGGUGGGCCCCGAAGGGAAGCUGUCGCGACUUGAGGUCAAGCGACAGGGGAAAACCUAAAAGCUGGGGGCGUCCGACUAGAUCUCACCGAAGCGAUGGUGAGCAAUGCUCAAACCUAAGGCUAGGGACAAUAGAUAGCGACGCGUCCAUAUCAGGCAUGUAG